CCACGUGACCGGCUUCAGUCAGACUCCGGCUCCACCCUGCGUGGCUUCAGCUGCAGCCUUCAGUCCUCUCCCAAUAUGGCGGCUCGAGCUUGCUGAGCUUCUUCCCAAGCUUUCAGUUCUUGGACCUUUACCGAGAAAUGGUCACAGUGUCGGACUGCAGCCGGACAGCCCCAUAUAGCCAGAGCAGUUUGUAAGCAGCAGCGGGCAGCAGCAAUCCCCGCUCGCACGCCACCGCCAAGCCGGAGUAGGAGGCCUAGACGCAGCCCGCCAUGGCUCACUCCCCGGUAGCCGUGCAAGUCCCCGGGAUGCAGAACCACCGAGCUGAUCCAGAAGAGUUGUUCACAAAGUUAGAACGCAUUGGCAAAGGAUCAUUUGGUGAAGUUUUCAAAGGGAUUGAUAACCGGACUCAGCAUGUUGUUGCUAUAAAAAUCAUUGACUUGGAAGAAGCCGAGGAUGAAAUAGAAGAUAUACAGCAAGAAAUUACAGUGCUCAGUCAAUGUGAUAGCCCAUAUGUAACCAAGUACUAUGGAUCCUACUUGAAGGGCACCAAACUAUGGAUCAUUAUGGAAUAUUUAGGUGGAGGAUCAGCACUAGAUCUGCUUCGUGUUGGUCCUUUUGAUGAGUUCCAGAUUGCUACCAUGCUAAAAGAAAUAUUGAAAGGCCUUGACUAUCUACACUCUGAGAAUAAAAUUCACAGGGACAUCAAAGCUGCCAAUGUACUCCUGUCUGAGCAAGGAGAUGUGAAGCUUGCAGACUUUGGUGUUGCAGGGCAGCUGACAGACACACAAAUAAAAAGAAACACAUUUGUAGGGACUCCAUUUUGGAUGGCUCCGGAGGUCAUACAGCAGUCUGCUUAUGAUUCCAAGGCUGAUAUAUGGUCCCUAGGUAUUACGGCAAUCGAACUGGCCAAAGGCGAGCCACCAAAUUCGGAUAUGCAUCCCAUGAGGGUUUUGUUCCUCAUCCCUAAAAAUAAUCCACCAUCCUUAACAGGAGACUUCAGUAAACCAUUCAAAGAGUUUGUCGAUUCCUGCUUGAACAAGGAUCCCAGCUUCCGUCCCACUGCUAGAGAACUCCUGAAACACAAAUAUAUUGUGAAGAAUGCCAAGAGGACAUCCUACCUGACUGAGCUUAUUGAUCGGUUCAAAAGAUGGAAGGCUGAAGGGCACAGCGAUUCAGGCUCUGACGAUUCUGAUACAGAAUCAAACAACAAAGAAAACCAUACCCACCCAGAAUGGAGUUUUCCUACUAUUCGGAAGAAGCCAGAGUCCAAGACAAUGCAGAAUGGAACGGACCAGGAUCUUGUGAAAACCUUGAGUUCUUUAUCUGCAAUAAUAUCACCAGUGUUUGCAGAGCUGAAACAGCAAGACCGAAACAACUUAGUGAGGAAACAUGCAAUUGAAGAACUUGAAAAAAGUAUCAAUACAGCUGAGGCCACUUAUCCUGGAAUUACUGACAAGAUGGUGAAGAAACUUAUGGAAAAAUUCCAAAAGUUUUCAGUCAACGACUCCUAAUUUUGUUCCUGUGACCACGACCGUGCUCUAACAGAAGAGCUGAGGGACACCCACCAAAUCUACUCCAAGCCUAGCCGUGCUUCGCUUUUUCAGCUCCUUGUGCCUUUUUGGACCUUUGCUAAACACAACAUUGACCAUGAUUAAGAGUUUGGAAGGAAACAACUCCACCCGCCCCCUUUUUGUUUUUCUCCUCCCCAUUUUUUUUUUCUCAUUGAUGGUGUAAAUGGUUUUAUAUUUUCAGGAAAUGAUUUUGUAAAGUUUGAUGACUUUUAUUACUGUUUCUUCUUUUGUUUAAUUCUGUAAAUGUUCUGCUCCCGGGUAGUAAGAUAUGCGAGUAGCAGUAUGUUGUGGUGGUCAUGUCGCACUGUACACUGAUGGAAUCUUUGUGGAUUUUUUUUUUCUAGAAAAAGCUUUACUUCUCCUGUAUUCUUUACAGAGUCUGAAGUAAUGUAUUAGUUUGUGGAAUACAGUCUCCAUUUAGCAGCUGUAGAGUAAAGCAAAUGUGUUAGAUGCCUUGGGCUUGUGUAGACCAUAAGCAUGCACUCCAUCAAAGAAUCCAUGAAGCCAGUCUAUGCUUGUCUCUCCUCCUAGUAAGCACUGACCAAUCUCUCAGUCCCUCAUACAUAUCACUACUGCUCAUACUAUGCUCAUCUGCACCCCUUUUUUGCCCUCCCUUCCAUCCAGUUGCUGGAGAAUUGCAUGCAAGCCUACAGAGGUUUUGACAUGUAGAGGUAGGCUACAUUCACAUUGCUGCUGCUGCUGCUUUAAAGAAUGCACUUUGGCACCCUAUUUUCCCUUUGCAUUUGAUGAGAUGAAUAAUGUGACAGCAGCAGUGCUUUGUGCAGUUUAGGAAAGCAUAGAAACUUUAGUUCAAUUGCUAUCAAGCUUUUUCGGUCUACAGUGUAAGUUUGCCGUUUUUUGUUUUUUUUUUAAACACCAUGAAAGCAAUAUUUUUGUUCUGUUUAAUGGUAGUUCACAUAACCCUUUUUUGCCUUGAGUGAUUGCUCAUGUGUUGCAGACAAAAGCUUAACUGAUAAUGUACUUGCUAUGCUACAGAUGGGGUUUGAAUAUCAUGUGAAAAGCUACCCCCAUGCCAGAAUACCGAGACAAUGGUUUGCACCAGCAUCUUCCUCCCAAGCCACAUUUUCCAUGUAAUAUAACCUAUUUUCUCUCCGAUUCACUCGAACAACCAUCACCUAUUUAUACUCCAGUGAAUGUGUGUUUUAACGCUGUAUUUACCAUUUCUUACGAGUAGCUCCGUUGUGGAUAUCCGUUCACAUCUUAAACCUGAUGUUUGGCAGUAAAACUCCUUCCUAAACAGCCAGCAGAACUGUAAAUGAUCAGUCCUAUAUUUAUGGUACUGCUAGAUGGGAUGCGUUCUUUCCCAGGCCCAUCUCCUGUAUAUAUAGAAUGAAUCGCUUGAUUUGCGCAUGUACGUCAACAUUUUUGUUUUGUUGCAGCUGGUGUAAUUUUUUUUUAUAUAUAUAAUAUAUAUAUAUAUAUAUAUAUAUAUAUAUAUAUAUAUAUAUAUAUAUAAGACUGGAUGUGUUUAUUUUAUGAUUUGAGCCCUGCAUUUUUUUUUGUUACAGGGAAUAUAACCCCCCAAAAGUGCCAGAGACCUUGGCCCACCAUUUCUCUCCUGCAAUGUACGGCCAAUCUCUUGCGCACUAAGUAAACCCCACGAGAUGUCUGCCAAAUAUGUAAAUGCAGAGGUGCCCAACAGAAGUGCUGCAUUUGGACAAAUUGCCAUUACAGUGUUUUAUCAUUUUACAGAGGUGGAUAUUAUGAUCUCCCUCGGGACCAGGGAGGUGGCUGUUAUGUGACCUCUAGUGGCAUCCAGUGGGCUAAGGGAAACUCGCCUCCAGUUUCUGCUGGGAUAAGCAUGCUGCAAUGCUAAGCAACAAUAUAAUGGCGUACAGCAAGCUCUGGAACGAAUCUCUUGUGGAACACUGCAGGAUGGUCUAUUAAUUCAACACUGUUUCAAGCUUGUGGUGGUGAUGUGCUAUAGAACUGAAGAAUUGCAUAUAAUGCACUGAGAAUGCAAAGUAUGAGUGUGUUCCAUCAACCCAUUAGGCUUUGCUCUACCAUUUUCAUCAUAAUGCCCGAUUCCAUAUCAAUAUAGAUUGUAGACAUGCUGUGCAGCUGCAGUAAGAUCAGAUCAUUCUAUACCCUUAACAGAACUAUUUAGACUCCUGAGCCCAACAUGAGACUUUUGAGCACGCCAUGGAAUGAGCUGCAGUUUAGAAAAUACUCAGAUUUGUCCUUUUGUGUUUCAAAAAACCACCCUUGCGCAUUCUAGAUCAGGAAUAUUCUCCAGUGCGAAAGGAACAUACUAGCGUGAAAAUGUCUAAAGCAAAGUGCUCAGCACCUUUAUAUUGCAGCAUGCUUAUUUUUGCGUGGGGUUCGUUCUCCUUAGUCUUUCACUUGCUACACGUGGCCGGCGCAUGCCAAGAGCGGGGAGAGAAAAAGAAGUGGUGCCUACACAACUGCUUUCACUUUUAAUUCCUGUUUUGUUUUUUGUUUAAUUUUAAGCAACUGUCUCUGUUUUGCGUUUUCCGCUUUCUAACUCCGCGCUCACGUCAAUUUUUAUCUUGAGAGAGUCUGAAAAUAGUUUUUGAAAACAAUGUUAUGAAUAAAAAGAAUAUUUUUAUAAAUAUAUAAAAGCAUUAAAAGUUGUAAAUACAGUUUGAUCAGAAAGCUUUAUAAGAUAACUUCUUCUCAAAUAGACAAAAAAAGAUAGUGGUACCCAUAUAUCCUUCGUAGUUAUUACUUGUAAAUCUGUUAAUAGAGUAAGCUUAUUUCAAUAUUUCAGGGGAUUUUAAAUGGUUUAAAAAUAAAUAUUUAAAUUCUGGUAAAAA